AUGGUGAGUUUUAUCGUCUUUGGUGCUUCGGGUCAUUUAGCCCAUCAAAAAACCUUCCCUGCACUCUUCAACCUCUAUGCGAGAAACUGCGUCAACCGUCAGUCCUUUUACGUUGUAGGCUAUGCCAGAAGUAAACUAUCCGAACCAGAUUUUCAAAACUCUCUAAAAGAUUUCAUCAAGCCAGAACAAGAACAAGCAAAACUUUAUGACGAAUUCAUCAGCCGAGUUUCUUACUUUACGGGUCAGUACGACCAGGCAGAUUCUUUCAAAGAAUUUAACAAAUACCUUGAAAACUUAGAAAAGAACACCGAUCAAUCCAAAGGUCUUCGCGUCUUCUAUUUGGCUUUGCCCCCUUCCGCCUACGUCUCUGUAGGUAAUUUCAUUCAUGAUCAUGUUUACCUUCCAGAUGGGAGAACUAGAAUGAUCAUCGAAAAACCAUUUGGUAAAGACUAUGAUUCUUCUAUCAAACUCAAAGAAGAUUUGCAUAAAAAAUGGAGCGAAGACGAAAUCUACCGUAUUGAUCAUUACUUAGCCAAGGACAUGAUCAUCAAUCUGCCUACCCUUCGCUUCGCCAACCCACACAGUUUGGAUGCUUUGCUCAACAACCACCACGUCAAGUCUGUGAACAUUUCUAUGUGGGAAGGCGGUGGUUGUGAUGGUCGUGUGGGCUACUACGACAUCAAUGGUGUUGUUCGAGACGUUCUCCAAAACCAUAUGUCUCAAAUCUUCACCGUGGCCGCUAUGGAUGAACCCAAAUCUGAAAGUCCAGAUGAUGUUCGUUACGAAAAGGUUAAAGUCUUGAAAGCCACUUCGCAUGCAUCCCUAAAAGACUCAAUCUUAGGUCAAUAUGUAUCCGGUAACGGUAAGGGUGGUUAUAAAGAUUUGGAAGGUGUUUCAAAGGAAAGCAAAGCUACCACCUAUGUCGCUACCACACUUUUCGUAGACAAUGAACGUUGGAAGGGCGUUCCUUUUGUAUUUGAUUCUGGAAAAAGCUUGGAGAGAGGAAGAGUUGAAAUCAAAUAUUACUUGAAAGGUAAGGAGUCUGGUAUCUUUACCGAUGUGAAUCAAGACCAUUACAUUUCAUUCAGUGUUCAGCCAAAUCAGGAAGUUGUUUUGACUGCUUUCGCCAACAAGCCCAUGAGUUCAGAACGCACUUGUGUGAAUGCUUCCUUGAAUUUGAACUUCAAAGAGCAAUUCUCGGAAGAGAUGAAAAACAAAAGGGAUGCAUAUGAAAUUUUGUUUGAGGAUGCUAUCAGGGGCGAUCCUACAAAGUUUGUCCGUGACGACGAAGUCGAGUAUGCUUGGCGUAUUUUCGAUGAAAUUUUAGAUUCCCCUAAUGAGCCUUUGCCUUACCCUGCGGGUAGCACUGGCCCUAAAGAAGCUGAGCAGUAUUUGAAAUCUCACUUGAAGCUUAUACAGUGA